AUGGAUCCACGACACCGAUAUCUCGCGGAAGAAUUAGAAAAGAAGGAAUCAGAAGUUUCCCAAUUGCAUAGUCACCUCCACGAAACGAGAGCCAAGUUCAUCCAACUGGAACAAGCUUUUAAAACGAACUUGCAGCUACAAACCAGACGGGAAGCUGAGUUUGAUCAUUUGAAAAAUGAAUUUCAAGAGCUUCGGAAGCUUAACGCUGACACGUUACAAGCAAGAGCAGAAUUAAGCUCCAGACUAAUGAAUACGGUAAUUGAAAGGGAUCAUUGGAAAAACACCUUCCUACAACAAAGAGAAUUUGUCAUGAGAAAUAAAAUUGCUUACGAGAAUGCAGCGGCUUCGGUGAAACAAGAAUGCGAAGAUAUUUUGAUGAUCUCGCGAGAAACUACAGAGAAACAAUUUCAUGAACUAAUCGAGCUUUAUAAUGGAACUAGAGAGAAGUUGAUCCAACUAGAGGAAGAGGUAGGAAGGUACCAAAGCUGUCGACGCGAGUACGAAAACCGUACUUUCGAGCUGGCGAACCUUCUUGAAACUUUAAACCGUUUCGACGUGGAUGUCAGUUCUGUCUGUCAACUUGCGGCAGAAGCUUUGAAGAACUUGACCGAACCGGGAAACUUAUUCGAAGGAAGUAUGAAAAACCUGAGACACAUCACUUGGGACACAAGAGCCAAAAAAGAUCAAACAGAGCUGGUAUUGUUACAGAAACAGAAUACCGUUUUAAAAGAAAUAGUGAAGAGUCUUAAGAAAAAGAUACAGUGGCAAACGCAUAACGAAGUCCCGGAGGAAGGAAUCGAUCAUCAAAACUGUCUCGCUUCGCAGGAAACGGAAAUAAUUACAAGAAAUUGUAGUAGCAGCUUACCUGACAGGUUGACGUUCCUUGAAAAUCACACAGAAAAUAAAGACUUAAACUCAUUAUCUGAGUCAGAUCGUAAUGAAAAUCGGGAUAGUAAACAUUCUAAUGAAAAUAAAACAAUGAAUACUUGCGGUCGAGUAUUCUGCAUAGAAUCGCAUUCAAAUGGUCGGUUGUACGAAGAGUAUAUUUUCAAAUUAUCAUCUAACAGAGAAAUGAAAUUAAAAUAUCCUGUCAUAUUAAAUAACAGCGAGACUAUGGUUCAAAUGGAAUUCAUUGAUGACGAGACCGAAUAUGAAAAAGCGCUGUUAGACCGAAUUAUAAUAUUUUUUAAAAAUAUAUACGCAUCCGUGAACGUAAAACGAACUGGCGUGCCAUGUGGCACACAAACGAUAAGACUAAAAACUUUGAAUAGAUCUACCCAAACGGCAGUGAUCGGAGUAAAAUCAUUUCUACGCUUAAACGCUGGUGUCACGGUAAGUAAACAAAUUUAUAAAUUUGUAGAUCAAAUUACAGAAGUCAUAUUUUAGACAUUCAAA